AUCAGCAUAGAGUACGACCGGACAACACAGGCGAGAACCCAGUAUAGAGUAAAUUACCAUACCUUCUACACGAGAAAGAUCCAUAGGCUAUCCGGCGAAUACGACGACGUAAAUGUUGCGAUCUCGUAUUGCGGCGCGUUUAGCCGAAAUUGGAUUAUUGAACACUACUUCGUAAUACGAUGGGACGCCCAGAGUCAGCCCUUCAGCCCACCCUUCAAAUACGAGGGGUCCCCCCAUGGAUGUGCAACAUCCCCCGCAAACGGCUGUCGCACAUUUCGCUAUCGUUUUGUUUUUUUUGUUCUUGUCACUCGUUUAUGAUAUGCAAUAUCGCGUUUAUGGAGGCAUAGGAGAAGCUUUAAGGGGUUUCAAAGUUGCUGCGGGUAGAUAGACAGCGAUCGACAGCCCGAUAAGAGCUCCUCGUCCUAGUGGAGCACGAUAGGCCGCGAUCGACAACCAGAUACCCAGGCUGUCUCACUUGAUAGAGGGAAUGUUAGACGCAGGGAAGAGCACGGAGAGGUUGCAUAGUGGCAACUUGAGCUCCGGCGAGGAUGGAGGAGUUGUGCAAAAAAAGAAGGGGGGGAUCCGGCCGAUUUGGUAUUGGAUCGCAGGUGUCUUCGUGAUACUGGCAAUUGCUGGGGCGGUCGUGGGAGCUCUUGUCGCGAAAGAUGUGAUUCACGUGGGAUCUGGAAAAUCAGCAGCUGCUGUCGGCGACACAGUUGGCGACACAACGGAGACUGCUGGUUCGCCGAGCGAGACUUCUUCUCCUCCAGUCGAGAGCUCCGAUGGCUCCGACUCGUCAGUCGACACUCCCUCCUCUUCCUCCACUUCUGGUACCGGCACUCCGACUUCAUCUACAACCUCGGAGAAGUCGACAAGCAAACCAACAGCAACAGCCGCCUGCACAACUUCUGACGAGAUUCCUUCAAAGGAGAAAGGCACAUGGAUGGACACAACGUCGUGGCUGGAUAUGACUGGCUUCAACUGCACAUUUACGGAUGCGACUGUGGGUGGCCUUCCCAUCGUCGGCUUGAAAUCGACGUGGGACGACUCCAAGCAAGCCAACGCAAACGUACCUGCAUUGAACAAGCCAUGGGGAUCCUACGCCAGCAAACCUUUCCGCGGUGUUAGCUUGGGCGGGUGGCUCUCUCUCGAGCCCUUCAUUACCCCCUCACUGUUUCCCGACACAAGUCUCGUCGACGAGUACAGCUUGUGCAAGAAGCUUGGCCCAAAGGAAGCUGCCAAGACAUUGGAAAAACACUACUCCACCUUCAUCACUGAAGACGACUUCAAGGCUAUCGCCGCCGCGGGUCUGGAUCACGUACGCAUCCCAUUCUCGUACUGGGCAGUAAAGACCUACGACGACGACCCAUACGUGCAGGGUAUCUCAUGGCGCUACCUCCUCCGCGGCAUCGAGUGGGCGCGUGCACACGGCCUACGCGUGAAACUCGACCUACACGGUGCGCCUGGCAGCCAGAACGGGUGGAACCACAGCGGGAGGCAAGGGACGUUGGACUGGCUCGAGGGCCCGCACGGCGCUCUUAACGCCCAGCGGACGCUGGACAUCCACGUGCAACUAGCCAAGUUCUUCUCCCAGGACCGCUACAAGAAUAUCAUUGCCUUCUAUGGCCUCAUCAACGAACCUGCUCUUGCCCUCUCGCAGUCUGAUCUCAUCCUCUGGACGGAGAAGGCGUUCAAGGUCGUCAAGGACAACGGCUUCAGCGGCACCCAGGUCUUCAGCGAGUCGAUGCGCGGCCUCGAGCCCUGGCAGGGCACCCUAACAGGAUACGGCGAUAAGCUCGCCAUCGACGUCCACCAAUACACCAUCUUCGAUAACGCCCUCACCGGCCUCAAGCACACCGAGCGCGUCAACUUCGCCUGCAAAGCCUGGACCCAAGCCUCAAUCUCUGGCAUGAACCCCGCCAGUGGCUUCGGACCCACCAUGGUAGGCGAGUGGUCCCAGGCCGACACAGACUGCACCAAGUACCUCAACGGCGUCGGCAACGGCGCCCGCUGGACCGGAACCUUCUCCGGCACCACCACGCCCUACUGCCCCACUGGGGACAGCAAGUGCAGCUGCGAUCUCGCGAACGCGGAUGCGUCCUCCUACAGCAAGGAGUACAAGCUCUUCCUGCUGACGUGGGCGCAAGCCCAGAUGUCCGCCUUUGAGAAGACGUGGGGAUGGUUCUACUGGACCUGGAAGACGGAGAGCGCGCCGCAGUGGAGUUAUCAGGCAGGGUUGGCGGGAGGGUUCAUGCCGCCGCUGGCGUAUCAGCGGAGUUGGGAUUGUUCGAAGACGGUGCCUGAUUUUGGGAGCCUGCCGGAAUUUUACUAGAGCGAGCGAGCGGUGUCAUAUGAAGCGAUAUAUUAGCGUAUAUAUGAGAGGGAUUUAGGUUGGGGGUUUAUAAGGGGGGAUUUAAUACUUUACUUAAUGUCUAAAAUUUGUAACUUUGUAAAUGUCAGUUUGGCAACCCGCAACACUCGUUCUCUAUAUGAAAUAGGCUUCUUUCAUUUUUCAUACUCGACACGCCAUAGUGAGGCUCAUCACAAAUUCUACAUUAAAGCAAUACUCAUGAUACUCAUG